UAACCAUAAACCCUAAAUUGGGAAUCUAAAACCCCAACAGCCAAAAACCCCUUCCCUUCUCCUCCUCCUCCUACCACAGCUACAGCAGUUGCAUAAACAAAAAAAAUGGCCGGCUUCAAGCUCCUCCUCUCUCAGUCACGCCGCCUUUCACUACCCCAUUUUUCAUCUUCUCGUUUCCUUCCUCUCUAUAGAUCUCUCUCUUCUUCUUAUUCUUCUUCCUCUGACUCUCAAUCCCUCCCCAUUCAACCAGUCUCCUACGCCCCCAAGCCCAAAGACCCACCACAACCAGACCAAACCCUUCAGUCUACUCCACCGGAAGAAGGCACUCGAUCCACGUUGAGCCGGGAGGAUCUCCGUUAUGUCAAAGACGUACCCAACAUCUCACCCAUCUCGUAUCCUACGCGUGUGGCUCCUCUCCCUGAGGAUCGUGUGGGGGAGGCGAGGGAUCAAGAAAGCGAGGAGAUGGCGAGGGAAAGUAGAAAAAUUCAGGCGGAGAGUCGAGCUUGGAGGACACCUUUUAGGGUUGCGGCUGAGGAGGAGAAAGUUGUGAUUCCGUUUCCUAUGUUGAUUAUGCCGGAGAAGAAGAACGAGAAGCGUCCUGUUCUUGAUUUGAUGGAUGCCAUUAGGGAAGUCAAGGGGAAUGCCAAGGCGAAUUUCGAUGAGACCGUUGAAGCUCAUGUCCGGUUGGGUAUCGACCAAAAGCGAUCCGAGCUGAUUGUUCGUGGGACAAUGGCACUUCCUCAUGGUGCUAAGAAGGAGGUCAAAGUAGCUGUCUUUGCUGAAGGAGCGGAUGCUGAUGACGCUAGAGCUGCUGGAGCUGAUAUUGUUGGUGGUGUUGAUCUUAUCGAGGAAAUUGCAAGCACGGGCAAGGUUGACUUUGACAGAUGUUUCUCAACGCAUAGUUUCAUGAAACGUCUUUAUAAGAUGUCAAAGAUUCUGAAUCAGCAUGGUCUGAUGCCAAAUCCCAAACAAGGUACUGUAACCAAAGAUGUCACCAAGGCAGUCAAAGAAGCUAAACAGGGUCAAGUAAAAUUCAGAAUGGACAAGACAUCUAUUGUGCAUGUUGGAAUUGGAAAGGUGAGUUUGUCAGAGGAGUUUUUGCGUGACAAUGUUGGUGCGUUUAUGAAUUCUCUUUUGCUAGCAAAGCCAGCAGGAUUGAAGAAGACGUCCAAGUAUGCUGGAUAUGUGAACUCCUUCCAUAUAUGCAGCACAAUGGGUCCGGGUUUUCGCGUCUCUAUACAGUCAUUAUCCAGAGCAGCAGAUCAUUACAGCAAAGUGUAUCUUAACGCCUGAGUCAUUUAUCCAGACCAGCAUAGGUGUAUUUUUAAUGCUUGAGUGGAUAAGUUAGUUAGUUGGCAACUGAAGUGCAUUCAGUGAAAGCUCUUUGAGAUUAAAGGUUUUGUCUAAUGCCAAGAUGUUGGUAUAGGAUGAUAACUGUCGGAAUCUGGUUAGAGUAGGGUUUUCUUUUUCCUCUCUUACAUUUCUUUUGUAAUACGCUGAUAUUCAAAGUAUUUAUCGACUUGUCUGAGUUUUGCAA